GGCGCGAUCCACCGCCUCCAUCCCUCCGCCGACUUCUCCCUCCGGCUCUCCACCGGCGACGGCGGCGGCAAUAUCUUCCUCCACCAUCGCGACGGCAGCUACUCCCUGGUGCAGAGCCCUUCUUCCUCCUCUCCGGCCUCCGACCCUCUCCGCGACCUUCUCGCUCCUCUCGCCUCAAGGUGGUGCUGCUGUCCAACCACCUCGCCGCCGCCCUGUUGAAGUGGAAUAGUGGCGUCGUCGUCUCUACUCGCCGGCCACCAAGGGCUCUCGGCACGACAGCGGCAGCGACGACGCUGGACUGGGCGCCUCCCGAGGACAUGUUCAUCGACGACAUCGCGGUCUUCAAAGGCGAGAUCUACCUCCUCACGGCAGACGACGAGCUCCUGCUCCUUGUCCCGGGUGGCGACGCCGAGCCGCAGAUCACAACAACCACGGUGUCGGCGGCCGUGAAGACCGUGCACCGCAUCCCGAGAGAUGUACAAAGAUGGCACGACCCUUAUGCGACGGACAAGUACGUGGUCAGGAGGUACCUCGUCGCAUCCGGUGAGCAGCUGCUGAUGGUGAAGCGGGAGCUCAACGUGCCUCCGUUCCUGCCGUGGGGCUCCAGGAUCCACAUGCGGACACGCCGGUUCGAGGUCUUUGAGGCGGCGGAGCUCCUGAGCGGCGGCGGUGGGCGGUGGAGACAGGUCGACACGCUGACAGGCCGCGCAAUCUUCGUAAGCCAAGGCUGCUCCGAGUCGCUCCCCGGUAGCGAUCAGUGUGGCGGCGGUGGCGGAAUCAGACAAGAUUGCAUCUACUUUGUGACCGACGAUGAGGCUCACUCCUUUCCGGAGGACCCCCUUUUUGACUCAGGUGUGCAUGAUGUGAGAAACCGUGCAGUGAGGCCGCUGCCACUGCCGGAGACGGUGGUGGCGCCUGGGGCAUGCGACGAUCCUUGGUCUCCCACUUGGCUUUUCCCGGAAACUUGAGUCAAACUGGUUGCUAAUUUUCAGUUUAUGAAUGCUCCUCAACUAGCUCUACCAUACGAACUGUGUUGAACUUUUUUAUUACUCCUGUAGAAGAGAUUCAAUUAGUGGCUGCGGCACCUAAUUUGCACCGUGCCACUUGGUUUUGUUUGCAACUUUGCAUCACUUGUUUAAUGAAUAAUGCU